AUGGGAUCCGUCCGCAUCCAUCCAUGAUGGUUUGGAAGGUUCCAGCCCUUUCUCAGUGUUUGACUCGAGUGGAAAUGCUGUGGCAUUUGGACAACUGAAUAAUGUCAUGACGACACCAAUGUGGCACGACAAAACCAACAACUUCCUGUACUAUGGAAUUAUGGGAGGAAUCGAACAGAUCCCGACAAAUUUCUCCUACCACAUUUUGGCAGCAUAUUCCUCGGCGGGACCUGAAAGUAGUCUUUCUGUGUGGGGUUUCGUAAUCAGGAGCUUUGUAUACAAGGAAGAUAAACCGGCGGAUCCCUCUGGGGACACACUGGGGUACUGGACAGAUGAAGGGUCCUACUAUUUCGAGAAAACCGAUGGAACAUCAACGUUUGAAGAUACAUUGAUCAAAGUGUUUGCUGAUGCCCGCAAUAGAAGUAUACCAUACAGGUAUGUAGAACUGGACACCUGGUGGUUUACAAAAGGUCAAGGUGGAGGGGUCAAGGAGUGGACAGCACCAGCAGACAUCUUCCCCAACGGCAUCGAGUAUGUCCACAGGAGCUUGAACGUACCCAUUGUGGCGAAAAAUAAUUUCUGGUCCAGUGAUAACAUAUAUGCAACACAAAAUGGCGGAAAGUUCAAUUUUGAAUUUGAAGGAGACAUGGCAAUACCGACAGAUGAGGACAACAUGACUGAAAUAUUCCGUACUUUCCCACGGAUGCAGACGGACCUUAACUUUGCGCGAGAUUGGUUGGUUAAAAUGGCGGCGUCUGCUUUGAGACACAACAUCACCAUCCAGUACUGUGGCGCCACCCCAACGAUGGCGCUCCUGGCACUCCAGUUACCGGCUGUCACCAAGGUGCGCGUCCUGGGAGGCUAUGGCACAGAAUUGGACCAGAGGAAUAUUCUUGCUUCGUCCGUAUUCUCCGCACUUUUAGAUGUGUUGGUCUUCAAAGGUGUGCUCCGUACACAAGACCAGAAGGGAGCGGCCAUUAAGCCUAGUGGUAUGGACGUCACGUCUAAACCAGGUGAACCAGCAUAA